CGCAAAGCAAAAUGGACGAUCAUCUUCUUGUUCUAGUUCGUCGAAGUCGAUGGUGAAAGAAGCGCAGGAUAAGCACGAGAAGUUGCAUUUUCAACAAGAAGAUACAAGUAAAGAUCCUUCCAGUUCUAUCUCCGAGAACGGUUGGGAUUAUUACGUGAGUUGGCCGGGAUUUAACAUACCAUCUUGGGUUCUCAAGGCUUUCAUCAAAAAGAGCCAAGGCGGCGGAGGCUUCCAAUUGCGUCCCCUAGAAAAGGCACUUAUCACCAAAUUGGCGAAUAUGGUCAUGAGGUCGCAAUUGAGCACGUCGACGCACCCAGAAGAAGAUCCAUUUGAUGUGUUUACGACUGAAGAUGAUAAGAGUGUUCCAUUCUACGUGAUCGGUACGACUGCCGGGCGGUCGCGCAAGAAAUCGCAAAAAUCAAAGAACAACGAAUUGGACGAGGAGGAUGAGUCUUCAUCUUCUUCAUCUGCAGAAGAGGACGAGGAUGAAGAGACUUCAGCCACCUUGUGGCACGAGAUGGCGCAUGGCCUCUUCUACACGAACCAGGAGUACAGACAACUAGUGGAUGAAGCGUUGGAGACUCUCGAUCUCGUUACGCAGGCUUGGAUGCGCAAACAGUUGGUGAAAAUGGGCUACUGUGACGAUCCCGCCAUUCUCUGGGAUGAGAUGCACGCCUACCUCGUAGACGGUGGCGCAUUUGAUGGUCGUCCACGUGGAGGUGAAGAAGAUAAACCUCAGUAUUCGGCUUACAAAGACCAACAAACGAGGAUCCGAGAAAUUUUCAACCGGUUCAGCGGCUUGAACAUCCCGCUAGAGCCAAGGAGCAGAUCUUGAAUUGAAAGUAACGGUGGUCGCGAAUGAACUUAUCAGGUGACACACAUGACACAAACACUAGACUAGGUCUUUUAUAAUAAUACCUUAAUGGCGGCG